CUCCAAAACACAUGUUCAUGCACAGUGAGCUCUUGCAGGGAGGCAGGUCUUGCAGCCUCUUUCCUUCUCAGUUCAUAAACGUUUGCUACAGUUGACCUGGCUUUCUGUGUGGAUUUCAGCUUCACCGACACAGGAAUCAGGGUGAGACUGACACCAACAUGAGAGACUACCAGUGGGCUGAAGAUGACUUUGAUCUGCCCUAUGGGGUCAGUCGACUGGGCCUCUCUGAGCCAGUUAGUGAUGGAAAUUACAUCAUGUACCACGGCACCACCAGGCAGAAUGCUCAGUCCAUCCUGGCCACAGGUUUUAGGCAGUCUGCAGACGGGAUGCUCGGCCGCGGCGUCUACCUCAGCAGAGACCUGGAGAAAGCUAGCCACUAUCCCAUUAAUCACCCUGAGUCUGACAGGGUGGUUAUUAAGGUAACGGUCAACGUGGGGAAGGUGACCGCCAUCAGUCGUCAAGGCCAUCCACGUCAGAAGACCUGGCAUGACUUCGGUUAUGACACCGCCUGGGUGCCACCAGGGUGUGGAAUGAUGAAGAGCAAUUUGGAGGUGGAUUGUGUCUGGGAUCCCAAAAGAAUCAAGAUCAUUAAAACCAUCAAACCAAGCCCACUGCCCGCCGGGGUCGGUCGACUGGACCUGCCUGAGCCAGUCAGUAAUAAAAAUUACAUCAUGUAUCACGGCACCACCAGGCAGAACGCUCAGGCAAUCCUGGCCACAGGUUUUCGGCAGUCUGCGGGCGGGAUGCUCGGCUGCGGCGUCUACCUCAGCAGAGACCUGCACAAAGCUAGCCGCUAUCCCCUGAAUUACCCUGAGUUUAACAAGAUCGUCAUUAGGGUUGAGGUCAACGUGGGGCAAGUGAUCGCCAUCAAUCGACCGGGCCAUCCACGUCAGAAGACCUGGCACGAUUCCGGCUACGACACCGCCUGGGUGCCGCCCGGGUGUGGGAUGGUGCCAAGUGGUCUGGAGGAGGAUUGUGUCUGGGAUCCGGAUCGAAUCAAGAUCGUUAGAGUCAUCGAACCACAACCGGUCCAGGCCAUCUAUGGAGUUAAUGCGUGGGGCUACAUUGCGUCCAGCAUGCAGUACCACUGGGCUGAAGAUUGCUUCGAGCUGCCCGCCGGGGUCGGUCGACUGGACCUGCCUGAGCCAGAAAGCGAUAAAAAUUACAUCAUGUACCACGGCACCACCAGGCAGAACGCUCAGGCCAUCCUAACCACAGGUUUCAGGCAGUCUGCAGACGGGAUACUCGGCCGCGGCGUCUACCUCAGCAGGGACCUGCAGAAAGCUAGCCGCUUUCCCAUUGGUCACCCAGAGUUUAACAAGGUCGUCAUCAGGGUUUUGGUCAACGUGGGGCAAGUGAUCUCCAUCAAUCGGCAAGGCCAUCCACGUCAGAAGACCUGGCAUGACUUCGGCUAUAACAGCGCCUGGGUGCCGCCCAGGAGUGGAUUGGCGAUGAGCGAUUCGGAGGAGGAUUGUGUCUGGGAUCCAGAUCAAAUCAAGAUCAUUAGAAUCAUCGAACCACAACCGGUCCAAGCCUAUUAUGUAUACGGUGCGCAGGGCUACAUGUUUUCCUCUCAUAGGUCAGAAGAAUUUAAGACCAUAAGGACCCUGUCCUCAAAGAGAGAUACUGACACCAACAUGAGCCAGUACCAGUGGGCUGAAGAUGACUUUGAUCUGCCCCUUGGGGUCGGUCGACUGGGCCUCUCUGACCCAGUUAGUGAUGGAAAUUACAUCAUGUACCACGGCACCACCAGCGAGGCUGCUCAGGCCAUCCUGGCCACAGGUUUCAGGCAGUCUGCAGACGGGAUGCUCGGCCGCGGCGUCUACCUCAGCAGAGACCUGGAGAAAGCUAGCCGCUAUCCCCUUAAUCACCCUGAGUCUGACAGGGUGGUUGUUGUGGUGGAGGUCAACGUGGGGAAGGUGAUCGCUAUCAAUCGUCAAGGCCAUCCACGUCAGAAGACCUGGCAUGACCAUGGCUAUGACACCGCCUGGGUGCCACCCAGGUGUGGAAUGGUGCCAAGUGGUUUGGAGGAGGAUUGUGUCUGGGAUCCCAAAAGAAUCCAGAUCAUUAAAACCAUCAAACCACGCCCAGUCCAACCCUCUGUUGGGUGUGGUUCCCGAGGCUACAUGUGAGCUCUACAAGGUGUUACAAAUUUAUUCCAGAUCAUUAAAACCAUCAAACCAAGCCCAGUUGAACCCUCCUCUGGAUGUGGUUUGAUGUGAUGUGGGCUACAUGUGAGCUGUGAGAGCUAUUACCAAUUUAUUUUCUAUGUUCAAAUGUAUUUUUGUAUAUUUGGAUACAAAUUAAGUGCCAUUUUUUUUACUGUCAUUGUAACCUUCAAAAUAAACGUGUCACGUUAAAUCUGA